UGUUCAAACAUGCAAACUGGAGCAUAGGGAACUCUGCCAUCGCAUUCAUCCACAAAUCUCGCCAUUUACUAGCUCAUUAGCAGCCAAAUCCCGCUCAAGCGGACGAGCUACCGGCGAUUCCGAGCUCAUUCCGGUUGACGAUCGCAUCAUGUCAUCCGACCUCCUCGGUUCUACCCAGUCUUCGGCAUUCCCCUCUGCCACAUCCUCGACCGUCUCUUCUCCUCGUCUCCGACAUAGAUCAGGGUUUGAACUCUCUUUCGAUGACGGAGAUCUACCUCGCCAGCUUGACCCAAACCAUGCCUCCUCCUCAAACAUACCUGAACCUAAACCAGCAUCUGGAUCUGAUUCGAAGCGUCCCGACGGCCUAACCCGCGAAGCCUCAACAGACUCCACCAACUCCUUACUAAAAGGAACGACUAACCUCGGGCGAAAUGUGAUCGAAGGUCUGCAGUUGGAUAGCUUGAGGGAGAGGAUGAGCAAGUUGCCGAAGAUGAUGGAGAUGCCAGAGAUCAAGAUGCCGACUCCCAAUCUGGACGUCGACGUACACUUCGCCCCGCUCUCAAUUCCUCUCCAACGUCGAACACAGACGGCCGUUGUCGCAAUCUGGUCGUUCCUCUUAUUCGCAAGCGUAGUCCUCUUUCUCUUCCUCUGCUCGAUCCCCCUCUUCUGGCCAAUCGUAUUCCCUUACCUGAUCUUCAUGUACAUGGACAAGGCGCCGGCUUAUGGAGGACGGGUCAGUCGGAAGUUGAGGCGGUCGAUCUUCUUUCAACAUUUUGCCGGUUAUUACCCCGUCAGCAUGAUCAAGGAAGCCGAGCUACCUGCGGACAAGCCGUAUGUGUUCGGAUAUCACCCGCAUGGUAUCAUCGGGACGGGAGCGUUCGUCAACUUUGCGACGGAUGCAACCGGGUUUUCGGAAAAGUUUCCUGGGAUCAAGCCUCAUCUCCUUACCUUGACCUCCAACUUCAAGAUCCCUCUGUACCGGGACAUACUCCUCGCCCUGGGCGUCUGUUCCGUCUCCAAGAAAUCAUGCUCAAACAUCCUGCGCAAAGGUCCCGGGAACAGCAUCACCAUCGUCGUCGGCGGAGCUGCGGAAAGCUUGGCGGCUCACCCGGGAACGAACGAUUUGACCUUGAAGAAGCGGUUGGGGUUCAUCAAGCUGGCUGUCAGGGAAGGAGCUGGGUUGGUCCCCGUGUUUUCGUUUGGAGAGAAUGACGUCUACGAACAAUUGGCAAACAAUCGAGGUACGACCGUCUACAAGCUUCAGAAGAAGUUUCAAAAGGUGUUCGGAUUCACGUUGCCCUUGUUUCACGGUCGAGGCGUUUUCAACUAUAACCUCGGUCUAAUGCCUUUCCGGCAUCCGAUCGUAUCUGUCGUUGGUCGGCCGAUCAUCGUCAAGCAGAACCAGAACCCUUCGAACGAAGAAUUACAUGAUUACCAGAAACAAUACAUCGACGAACUCAUGCGCAUCUGGAACAGGUACAAAGACGUCUACGCGCGAAAUCGGACGAGAGAGCUGAGACUGGUCGAGUAGACGUUCGAUCCCUCACCACAGUCUGUAUAUCGUUUCAAAUUCACCUAGAUGGUUUCUCACAUGUAGCGAUUAGCGUCUGCGUCCCCCAAGGUCGAGUCGAUCUUGUGUGUCUUAUUACGAUUAUAGAAUACGGGUUUGCGAGACGGUAGCCGUACAGCUGGUCUUGCAACGCCUGGAUACGCCUGUCAUAUCCCCAUAGUCACGGAGUCCUCGUCAGCUCUUGUCGUAUGGGACAGUUAGAUUUGCCGGUUUCAUGGCGCGAA